AGAGUGAGAGAAAGCCAAUUGGGGUUUCAAAUGUGGUGAAUUUCGACACACCGGAUUACUUGGUACUACAGGCCCAAACGGCGUCGUCCUGUACCCUUUGCUCAGAUUUUAAUUUAUCAUAUUGAAGAUAAGGCUAGAAGAAGUCUCUAUAGCCCGUUGAGACAAGUGAACAACUGAUCAAUUCUUUGUCAUUUCUAGUCCAGAAACAAGUCCAAAUCCCAAGUCCCCCCACACCUUUAUAAACCCACAAACAUAUCUGCCUCAUCAGCUCACAAUUCCAAAGCUUCCCAUUUCUUUUCUUGUUCGAUUUCAACCCAUAAACAACAUACAACAUCUAUUUCAUCAAAACCAUGAGGAGGACCGCUAGCAAAGCAAAGAAGCAAAGCAAGUUGAUGUACAUUAUUUGUGCACCCAUUAGAACUCUGACCAAGGCCAGGAACUUUUACAUGAGGGGGCUUGAGGAUUAUGCUGGCAAGGUGGGUUAUGGUGGUGGUGGUGUGAGUGGCUACACUGCCUCACAAGUUCCACGCUUGCCCAAGAGCUUCAGUGUCAAUUCCUCGAGCUCUAGCGACGAUGAAGACUUGAGGCAGCUUCUCAGGACGGCGUCGUCAAGGAAGAGCAAUGCAGAGAAAGAAAGCAAUGUGAAGUCAGAAGGUAAUUCAGAUAUGCAUGGAAGACCAAUUGUUAGACAAGCAGCUCAACCCAUUGGUAGACAACAAACUGUGAAUGGGAUGGGGAUGAGGAGUUACAGUGUUGGGUUGAAGAUGGGAAGAAUUGAUGAGGAGAUGGCUUGUUCUUUUGAGGAGGAUGAAGCGAAUGUGAAGGCUGAUUUCUAUCCAAGAAGUAGAAGUUAUGCUGUCAAGAGACGAAGUGGUGGGUUUGCAUAAUAAGUGGACGACUUGAUUUCUUGAUUUUUUUGGUGUGAAAAAAUGUAUGUAUUGAAAAGAGUUGAACCAAUUCUCUCUUUAGUCCACUCUAUUGUUUACUUUGGUUCCUUCAUUACCAAUUGAUAUUUGGAAAUUUAGAUAUAAAAAAAUGUCAAAAAUUGU